CUUAAACAGAAGCAGCCUCUCUGAAGCCCUCGCUCCGCCCCCCAGCCCGGAGUCUGGGGCGGGGAGGAAGAAGGGAGCUCUCCUUUCCGCGCCUGCUGCUGCUUUUCUCCCCACACACUGCUGCAACCCAGCAAAUAUGUACAGGCUGGAUGUAACGGAGACCUUUGCCGGCCUCAGCCUGCCUGGCCAUCUCCACACCCAGGCGUCCCUGAACUUUGCCAGCACUUUCCAGUUCUGCAGCUCUGAUGUUCUCCUGGUUACCUACCCCAAAUCAGGCACCACCUGGAUGCAGGAGAUCCUGACCUUAAUCUACAGCAAAGGAGACCCUCAGCCUGCCAAGAACAUCCCCAACUGGACCCGGAACCCAUGGCUGGAGCACACUUACUUCUCAAAGAUUCUCCGGGAGACAGAAGGACCUCGCCUCCUCACCACCCAUUUGCCCUACCGUGUGUUAUCAGCUUCUCUGAGGAAAGCUAAGCCCAAGCAGGUGAUCCACCUGACCAGAAACCCCAAAGAUGUUGCUGUGUCCUUCUAUCACUUCUGCAGGAUGGCCAAAUUCUUCCCUGACCCUGGCACCUUUGAUGAGUUCCUCCUCAACUUCUUGGAUGGCGCAGUGCACUAUGGCUCCUGGUUUGAACACACCAGAGGCUGGCUCAGCUGCAAGGAGGAGUUGGAUGUUUUCUACAUCACCUACGAGGAACUGCACCAGGAUCUGGAAGGCUCUGUGGAGCGACUGAGCGCCUUUCUUGACUGCCCUUUGCAACCAGGCCAGAUGGCUUCCAUCCAGAAGCAUUGUAGUUUUGCUUCCAUGAGAAACAACACCAUGGUGAAUGGUACACUCGUCCCUCAUGAGAUCAUGGAUCCAAGCAAGAGCCAGUUCAUGCGGAAAGGUAUUGUUGGAGACUGGAAGAACCACUUUUCCCCACUGCAGAUUGAGAUGUUCAACAAGAAGUACCAGCAGGAAAUGGGAGACUGCUGCCCGUGUUUCAUGGACUGAUGGCAACAUGAUCCAGGAGCCAAGGGAUUAUAGCCAGCUGGGGAUUCCCACUGUGUUCAAAGAACCAAAUCCUACACACCAAUGGUGGGUGUAUGGGGACCAGCUUGCCAGAAAAGGGCAGCCACCGGACAAAGGCUCUGCAGGGACCUUUCCUAUGCCAGAUGAAAUGUGAACGAGCUCCGAGUCAAGGUCGUCACCCACAUUGACAGAAGCUGUCUACCUUCCAUAACCUGGUGUCUACCUUCUGUAACCUGGUGCCCUCCAGAUGUUUUGGACCAGAACUCCAAUCAACAUCAGCCAAGUUGACCAUUGAUGUUGAUAAGAGUUGUAGUCUGAAACACCUGGAGGGCCCUCACCAGCAAUGAAGAUCUUUUACCUGAGAUUCCUGUUACCUGAGGUCCUUUAACCAGAGAUGGAUGAGAUUGAAAUGGGGAUCUUCUUCAGAGAAGCCACAUUUUCUGCCAAUGAGCAGGGGGUGGUUGGGAAGGCUCUGUGGGGAGUAAAUGACCAGCUUACCACUCUGGCAGGGGUGGGAAACCUGAUCCAGGCCCUCCCAUAUGCUGUUGGACUCCAGUUCCUAUCAGUCCCAGCCAGGAUGGCCAGUGCUCAGCAGUCUCUAAAGUAGUCAGCUGCCUGUACCCAGGACUCAAUAAAAUAUUUUAUCAGUACCAUCUUGUGUGUAUCCUAAACAUUGCUGGAACUCACAGAAGUAGCAAAGUGUGCUUCAUCAGUUUUGUAUUACUUAUCCCUUGCUGCUUUUUUUUUUUUACACCCACACCACAAAGUACAUAAAAAUACAAUAAAAAUAAAUAAACUGCUAACAACCUUGAAAAAUAUAUAUAUAAAGACAAACAGCAACAGCACAUCCGUUAAACAUCCAAACCUACAAAUCCAGAAUGGCUGUUGCCUGAGGCUGAUGGGAAUUGUAGUCCAAAGCUUCUGGAGGGCAGCAGGUUAGGGGAAGGUGGCCAUUUCUCUCUCUUUCACACAUGGACCAGACAUAGUUCUGUGGUGCUCUGAUACCCAAGUGGGGCCCCCAUGUACACAGGAGUGAGUUAUAUUCUGACACACUGAAUUAACUCCCUGUCAUUUUUAUAAUGGUUUUCCCUGUAUUGUAUUUGCAUUUUCUGCCACCACAUUUUAUAAUUUGCCACCCUGGAAAUGUUGUUGAGUGAGGGAGAGAAAUCCAUUAACAGUUUUUAUGAGGCUGUAGAAGACCUCACAUGAGCUAUAGUGUCAGGAGACUGAAUGAACUUUAUUGCUUAGGGGCCAGGAAGCGAAAGGCUCAGUUGAGUUCUACAGAGUGUUCCAACAGCCACACCCCACCUACAAAUGCAACAUCACUCAAAAUUGUUCUUGGGCAAUAUUGUAUUCUAAAGGGGAAGAAUAUAAUGGAAAGGAAUGAAAAACAGCAGCACAGAGGAGAUUGCCAAUGGCAUUUUCUCUGCUCUGUUGCCUUCCACAGCCCACUGACAUGCUGCCAUCCAGAAGUUGAGAUUUCCUCCCCCACCCGCAUGUCAGGAAAAGCUUCACCAUGUCAAAUCCUGCACAAUAGGCUUUUGUCAAGGCAGAGGAACAGGGCCAGAAAAUUAUGCUGGCAAUUCUCCCUCCAUCCCCAAAACUACUGGCAUGGGGGAAGAGGGAGCAACCCAAGGGCCUUUGACAGUGCUAGCAGAAAAUAAAAAUCAGGAGGCAGAAUCCAAAAGUUA